AAAGAGGCAGCAAUUCUCAGCGGGAAUGUCUGUGUGUGCGUGUGGAGUGCGAGCUCCAUUAGCACAAGAUGCCAAUCCCGUCGCCUCAUCACGCCAUGGCGGCGAGCCCAGCUCUCGCACCAACCCGCACGGUGCCGGUACUGCCGCCGCGCGGGCCGUCUCGCCACCGGAACGCCGCGGCACCGCCGUGUCGGCCUGCGACGGCGCGGAUCGGCGCGUCUCCAGGCGACGGCGCGGCCGCGGCAGCAGCGGCUGCGGUGGAGCAGGGCAGUCGGAGCGAGGAGAAGGAUAGGAAGCGAUGCCUGCGGUGCGGGAGCCUGUAUCUCGACGAGGACAACUCCCCCACCGACUGCGCCUUCCACGGCCACGUCACAGGGGAGAAGGGGUUGUUCUCGCUGUCGCCGCCGCACCAGGGGAUCGACGGCGAAUGGAGCGACAAGAGCGGGGUGAUCGUGUACAGGUGGAACGACAGGGGGAGUCGCCCAAACACCGGGAGAGACAACUGGAAGGGGAGGUGGAGCUGCUGCCAGGAGCGCGACGAGGGCGCGCCGCCCUGCCGCCGCGGACGCCACGUCUCCUACGACGACGGUUUCACCCUCUACUAGACGCACUCUCUCUUAAGUACAGCGACGGUUUCACCCUCUACUAGACGCACUCUCUACAGCGAGAAUGUGAGAGGAAGUCCCCAAAAAGCAUUCGCAAUGUUGAUUCUGUACGUCAGUGUCAGAUCAGUAGUGCGGAGUGUGGUAAUCAAAUGAAUUGCAGCUCUAAAUCACACAUGCAUCCAUGAUGCUAACAAUGGAA